CUAUAAGAAAAGCAAAACGUUACAUAGUAUAAAAAGGCGAGGGAGAUUCAUAGCCAACCAUCAUUCACUUGUACUUUCUUGCAAAGGCAAAAACAAAUCUGUACAUUCAUUUAAAAAAAUGAACAAGUUCGUCAUUGUUGCCGCCUUGAUGAUGGUUGCCGUGGCUGCCGCCAUGCCGCAAUCCUACCCGUCUGAGGCCAACGCCAAGCCGUCUUACGAUGACGCCCCAAAGCCGUACAGCUUCGACUGGUCGGUGAAGGAUGACGAGAGCAAGAACGACUACGCUCACCAGGAGGCCAGCGACGGCAAAGUCGUCACCGGAUCUUACCGCGUUGUCCUUCCCGAUGGCCGGACCCAAAUCGUUACCUACAAAGCCGAUGAUAACGGUUACGUCGCCGAUGUCAAGUACGAGGGCGAAGCCAAAUACCCAGAGCCCGAAUACAAACCCAGCAGCACCCCCAGCAAAUACUAAGAACUGUAUACUACAUACAACAAAAGCCGAAUCGCGGGAAAUUUCUCUUGUGCAAUGUUCUAUUUAUAACGAAAUCUAAUACAAAAUCUUUAGCCAGAA